AUGUAUCACGUCGUCACGCUGUGCACCUUAAACUCACUGACAACCCAGGAAGCUCUCCUUAAUUCUCGGUGCUCAGGUGUCUUUGUACGUGAAAAUGCUUCCUACGGCAAUGAUGGUUUUCUAGCCCGAGGCCUGUGGAACACGCCGGGACAGGCCUUCAUGGAAAGGUUGUGCAAACACGCCUACUUAUCCAUUGCAGCUGAACUUAGCCCGUUCCCAGCAGCGUACUGCCAUGAUGGAAAGGCUUUCCGAGAGAUGCUGGACGUGACUCAGAAACAUCAAAAUGGAAGAGAAGCAACGGGCAAGGGGGGUGGUGACAGGUGCUCCAACCCCUCUCCGCACGGGCCACCCUCCCGGCACCUCGGUGUGGUCCCUGACCUGGCAGUUCUCGGGCCCCCAGAGUUCAGGAAUUUUUAUGGAGGCUUUGUCACUUUGGUGACCCUGGAGGAUGUGGGCUGGGGCUGGAAGUUCCAAGCUUCUGAUCUCACCUUGAUCUUUCUGGUGGCCACUCCCCAUAGUGAAGCCACCCAGGAGCCCCCCAGAAACUGCAUCAUUAGAGCAGAAGCCACUGUUGUCAUCCAGGAUAUUCCAAGGGACGUAGGGGCUCUGUGCAGGCGCUCUUCCCACCCCCAUCCCUCAGGCGGUUACAGGUCUCAGAAGCUCUGUGCAGGCACCGGGGGAAUCCACUGUGAAGAGGACAUUGACGAGUGUUCUUCGAGCCCUUGUCGGAACGGCGGUACCUGUGAGAACUCGCCAGGGAACUACACUUGCCUUUGCCCAUUGGACACCCUUCCUGGGGCACAGUACGGGGGAAGGGACUGUUCUGACAUCCUCCUGGGCUGCACCGACCGCCCGUGUCUGCAUCAUGGGACGUGCAUCCCUCACCUCCAAGACGGCCAGCACGGCUUCCGCUGCCUGUGUCCACCUGGCUACACCGGGUCACUGUGUGAAACUGUCACCACGCUUUCUUUUGAGGGCGAUGGCUUCCUGUGGGUCACAAGUGACUCGGCCAAGGACUCAGGCUGUAACAUAGCCCUCAGGUUUCAGACUGUCCAGCCAACAGCUCUUCUGCUUUUCCGAGGGGACAGGGACGGGUCCAUGACACUGGAGUUGCUAAGUGGCUACGUUCACUUAUCAGUUCAAGUCAGUAACCAGUCAGAGGUGGUCUUGCUCGUCUCCCAUGACACCAGCGAUGGAGAGUGGCAUUCAGUGGAGGUGACGUUUGCAGAGGCUGUGACCCUUGCCUUACUGGACCCCUCCUGCAGGGGAACCUGCAUCACCAGAGCUCCUUCUCCAUUUGGAAGGGGUGGGUCGACAUGUGCUUUCCAGAACUCCUUUCUGGGGGGUUUACCCGAGGGAACGACCCCCAGUGGUGUGGCUCUGCUGGACCUGGACGUCUCGACCGUACCACACACACCCUCGUUUAUAGGUUGUCUCCAAGACAUUCAGAUGGGCUCGAAUCUCAUCACCGCGGAGAACGUCACACCCGGGGCCUCCCUGAACGUCGGGGCGGGCUGCGUGAGACAGGACCAGUGUGAAAGCCAGCCUUGUCAGCACAGAGGCCGCUGCUUCAACCUGUGGCUGAGUUACCGGUGUGAUUGCUACAGGCCCUACCAGGGCCCCGACUGUCACGGAGAGUACGUGGCAGGCAGAUUUGGCCAAGAUGACUCCACUGGAUACGCCGCUUUUCAUCUGGACGAGACUUACGGAGAGGACGUCACCCUCUCCAUGUUUGUUCGAACACACCGCCCGUCUGGCUUACUUCUCAUUGUGGGUCACAGCGCUUACCGACACCUCCGUGUCUGGCUGGAACGUGGCCGACUAGCUAUGCUGACUCCGAGUUCUUCCAAAUUAUUAACAAAAUUUGUUCUCAGCGAUGGAAAUGUCCACUUGAUAUCUUUGAAAAUCAAGCCAAAUAAAAUUGAGCUGUAUCAGUUGUCACAAAACCUAGGAUUUAUUUCUGCUCCUACAUGGAAAUUCCAAAGCGGAGAUGUCCUCUAUAUUGGUGGCCUGCCUGACAGACAAGAGACUGAAGUUAACGGUGGCUUCUUCAAAGGCUGUAUUCAAGAUAUAAGAUUAAACAACGAAAGCCUGGAGUUCUUCCCAAAUUCAACGAGCAAGGCAGCCCACAGUGCAGUUCUUGUCAACGUGACCCAAGGCUGUCCUGGGGACAACGUGUGUGAGCCCAACCCCUGUUACAACGGAGGCGUCUGCUACGCCCUGUGGGACGACUUCUCCUGUGCCUGCCCCGCCAACACAGCUGGGAAGACCUGCCAGGACGUGCGCUGGUGCGAGCUCGGCCCGUGUCCCCCCGGCGCCCGGUGCCAGCAGGUGCCUGGAGGAUUUGAAUGUACUGCAAAUGCUGUUUUUAAUGGGCAAAGCAGCGAAAUAGUAUUCAGGAGCAACGGGAAUAUUACCAGAGAACUCACCAACAUCACAUUCGGUUUCAGAACAAGGGUUGCAAAUGCGGAGAUCCUGCACGCCGAGAAGGAGCCUGAAUUCCUUAACGUUAGCAUUCGCGAUUCCCGCUUAUUAUUUCAGUUGCAAAGCGGCAAUAGUUUUUACAGGCUGAGUCUGACGAGCUCACAGUCUGUGGAUGAUGGCGUGUGGCACCAGGUGACUCUCUCCAUGACUGACCCACUGGCCCAGGCUUCCAGGUGGCAAAUGGAAAUGGACCACCAAACACCUCCGGUGACCAGCGUGGUCGCCACUGGGAGCCUCAGCUUCCUGAAGGAGGACGUGGACAUCUGUGUGGGGGGCCGAGCGGACGGCCCCGUGCAGGGCCUGCAGGGCUGUCUAAGCACAAUAGUGGUUGGUGGCGUUCACCUCUCUUACUUCGAAAACGUCCGGGGUUUCCUUAAUAAGCCUCAGGAGGAGCAGUUUCUCAAAGUCUCGGUAAAUACAGUGGCCACUGGCUGUUUGCAGUUAAACGCCUGCAAGUCCAACCCCUGCUUGCACGGAGGACACUGUGAGGACACGUACAGCUCUCAUCACUGCGCCUGUCCUGAGGGAUGGUCAGGGCCCCGCUGUGAACGCGACAUUGAUGAAUGUCUUUCAGACCCCUGUAUCCACGGCAACUGCUCGGACAGGGUAGCAGCCUAUCACUGCAGGUGUGAGCCUGGAUACACCGGUGUGAACUGCGAGGCGGGCGUGGACCACUGCCAGAGUCACCAGUGUGCCAGCGGGGCCACCUGCAUCAGCCAUGCCAAGGGCUACUCCUGCCGCUGUCCUGGAAAUUUCACGGGGAAAUUUUGCAGACACACCCGGCUACCCUCCGCCGUCUGUGGGAACGAGAGGACCAACUUCACCUGCUACAGCGGGGGCAACUGCACGGAGGCCCAGGGUGAACCGCGGUGUGUGUGCGCGCCAGGCUUCGCUGGGCAAUGGUGUGAAGAGGACGUUGACGAGUGUGCCUCCAAUCCCUGCCUCCACGGGGGCCUGUGUCGCGACCUGCUGGACAGGUUCCAGUGCGUGUGCGACGUGGCCUUCACCGGCCCGCGCUGUGAGAUGGACCUGGCAGAUGACUUGCUCGCGGACGUUUUCGCCGCCGUCGGUUCCGUGACGCUGGCCUUGGUGGUGGUCCUCUCUCUGGCGGUGGUUGCUUCCAUCAUCGCCUCCAACAAACGGGCAACCCAGGGGUCCUACAGCCCGAGCCGUCAGGAAAAGGACGGCUCUCGAGUGGAGAUGUGGAGCGUGCUGGCUCCCCCUGCGACGGAGAGGCUGAUUUAGAGGCAUCCUGUCUCUGGAGGAGGAGAUCUGCACCCAUGAACGGGAUGAUGGCACCCACGGGUUUUUCUGAAACACCUGGAGACAUCCAUGUACGACUGGGACCACUGAAUCUGCAGGAAGCGCUCCUCUGACCACCACAAACAUGUGCAUCGUGGUUCAACUGGUCACCCUGUUUUAUCGUGUUAUAUUAGCCAAUCACAGAACAGUGUUUUUUUGUGCCAGGAAUUUCAGCCUCCUAAUUAGCAAGAACACCUCCCGGGGGACAGCGUCUUCUGCAGAAAGCUCCAGUGCCUGUCCGUUAGACUCUUCACACUUUGUAACCUGGGGACACGUUUUUAGUUUGCCCAUUAGCUGGCUACUGAGAUUUUUUUUUUUUAACACAGAGACAACAGGGGAAAAUAGGCACACUUCUCACUCUUCCUAUAAUGUAGCAAAAAGUUGCGGUUACUACCUAGGAAACAAUGUACCCACCGUCCCUCAGUCACGGAUUCCAGAGAGACAUGGGCGUGGCCUGUGGUUAAAGGGCGAGCCAGCGUCCACAAAUAAAAGUUGGAACGUGGUGGUU